GUCGCCUCUCGUUUACUCCUUGGUGGUUGAAUCCUCUUUGUUUGUCCGUCUUUCUUUUCUUCCUUCUUCAUCUCCAUCCACUCACAUCGACCUUGUGUUUCUGUCCAUCUUCUCAUAUAAAGCUCGUGUUGCAAUUGCUAGGUUGCUACCAGUGACAUAACCCACGCUCUUUUUACAAUCCUCUCCUUCACUCAUUUUUCAUAAUGUGGUCGUUCAAGACGUGUCUUGUUCUCUUCUCCUUGACACUCUCCGCCGCCGCACUGACAACUCCUCACAUUUCUCGCAACAUAUACAAACGUCACCAUGUUCUUGAUACCAGCCUUCAAGCUUCUGCUCCCGAAACCCAGGCUCUCGAGGUUCGCGGUGCGCCUAGCUUCCUCACUGGUCAACAAACAGGUCAAGGUACAUAUUACGCAGCGGGUCUCGGUGCUUGCGGUAUUACCAAUACCGACGCUGACUACAUAUGUGCUGUAUCUCAUGAGUUGUUCGAUCAAUUCCCGGGUUACGACGGCCAAGAUCCUAACACGAAUCCUGUCUGCGGCCUCAAAAUCACACUUUCUUAUCAAGGCAAGAGUGUAACAGUCGAGGUCACUGACCGUUGUACUGGCUGUGAUAUGACUUCCAUAGAUCUUACACCGACUGCAUUUGGGCAGCUGGCUGAUCUAGGUGUUGGUCGUCUCUGGGGGAUGACAUGGACAUGGAACAGUCUACCCACGCUCGGUUGAGUCGCUCCAUCUUAAUGGACCGUUCGCAUCUUGUGACAGUCGCAUCGGUGUCUUGUCCUGAUAUGGCACACUUCUUUCAUCCUUAUCCCAUUAAUUGGAACAUACUUUUGACUUAAAUGUUGCUGAUCUUCUUUGAGACUUUAUAUUCAAUCACUCUUACUUUCAUAUACGUGCUGUUUGUACCGGCAUGAUGGACCUACAGGCUAGUGUUUAGACGUAGCUUUACAAGUAGAGCGAAAUAUUUACAAAUCUACUGAGCUUGCUCAGUACUGCUGAUUAGUCGGACUAGAUAUUUUAUCUACAAUUUCUUUGCUCGUAUACGCUAGGCUGCACUCACAUUGGGUAUAUAUGUUACAACUUGCCGCAUCGUAUUUUUCUUUAGGCACUUAUGUUUUGUUCGAGUAUUAGAAAAUUCAUUUUGGCGCUCUCGCAAUAGAUCUAUAAGACUGCCCCAUUUACUACCUU